CUCUUUUCUGUUAUUUCAUGACAGACUAUUUCUGUGACAGAGUGAUAUCUUGUUUUUAAAACAUCGAAUAUGAUUUUUUUUUUCUUUUUUAAGAUUAAAACGGACAAUUAUAUAUGCAUGCUACUUGGUUUGAGUAGAACCAUCUGAUAUCAAUCAAACUGUUACCUUUUGCUGAGAAGACGAAAACAGACAAUGGCUCUGGCCUCAUCUUCAGCAUCCCUUAUCACGAUCAAGGUCAAGGUCAAACCUUGCAUUUUCGGGCCGCCGAGGAGAUCCGUCGUUGUUCGGAAUUGCGCCAAGCCGACGGCGUCGCCGGUAGCGACCAGCUGGAAAAUCGAUAGUUGGAGGACGAAGAAGGCGCUUCAGCUUCCGGAGUACCCUGAUGCGAAUGAAUUGGAUCAAGUUCUCGAAACCCUUUCUUCUUUUCCCCCUAUUGUGUUCGCCGGUGAGGCCAGGAAUCUGGAGGAGAAACUGGGUCAGGCUGCGAUGGGAAACGCUUUUCUCCUUCAGGGCGGGGAUUGCGCUGAGAGCUUCAAGGAAUUCAAUGCCAACAACAUCCGUGACACCUUCCGUGUCCUCCUUCAAAUGGGUGUCGUCCUCAUGUUCGGUGGCCAAAUGCCUGUUAUCAAGGUGGGGAGAAUGGCCGGUCAAUUUGCAAAGCCAAGAUCAGAUCCAUUUGAGGAGAAGAAUGGAGUGAAGCUUCCUAGUUACAGAGGUGACAAUGUGAAUGGCGAUGCAUUCGAUGUGGCAUCCAGAAUCCCCGAUCCACAGAGGAUGGUUAGAGCUUACUGCCAAUCCGUGGCUACUCUGAACCUCUUAAGGGCGUUUGCCACAGGUGGUUAUGCUGCCAUGCAAAGGGUUAACCAAUGGAAUCUUGAUUUCAUGCAGCAUAGUGAACAGGGAGACAGGUACCGUGAAUUGGCUCAUAGGGUAGAUGAGGCCCUUGGGUUCAUGAAUGUUGCCGGGCUCACAUCCGAGCACCCAAUCAUAAGUACAACAGACUUUUGGACCUCCCAUGAGUGUUUGCUUCUCCCUUAUGAACAAGCACUUACUAGGGAAGACUCCACUACAGGGCUUCAUUAUGAUUGCUCAGCUCACAUGCUGUGGGUUGGGGAACGUACCCGCCAACUUGAUGGUGCUCAUGUUGAGUUCUUGAGAGGAGUUGCUAAUCCACUUGGCAUAAAGGUGAGUGAUAAGAUGGUGCCAGACGAACUUGUCAAGCUGAUAGACAUUCUCAACCCUAAAAACAAGCCUGGCAGAAUUACAGUAAUUGUUAGGAUGGGAGCUGAGAAUAUGCGAGUGAAGCUUCCUCAUCUCAUCAGGGCAGUUCGCAGAGCAGGACAAAUUGUCACUUGGGUUAGCGACCCCAUGCAUGGGAACACCAUUAAAGCCCCGUCUGGUUUAAAAACCCGCUCUUUUGAUGCAAUAAGGGCUGAGUUGAGGGCAUUCUUUGAUGUGCAUGACCAAGAAGGAAGCUACCCAGGAGGAGUUCAUUUAGAGAUGACUGGACAGAACGUGACAGAAUGCGUUGGAGGCUCGAGGACUAUUACUUAUGAUGAUUUGAGCUCUCGCUACCACACUCACUGUGAUCCAAGGCUUAAUGCCUCUCAGUCUCUCGAGCUUGCAUUCAAUAUUGCAGAAAGGCUGCGUAAAAGAAGGCUCAAUUCAGCACAAUCACUUCGACUUUAGACACGAGCUACCAUGUUCCUGUGUUCCUGUGUUCCUGUGUUCCUGGAUCACAAUACUGAGCUACCAUGUUCUUACAACAAAUUCUUCUGGGAGCCACUCACCAACUGUUAUGAACAACUUAAAUAGCAUGAUUUAUAGUUGUGCUGUCAGAGUGUUACAUGUCAGAUAAAACAUCUUCUUGUACUUGCGAACUUGGACUUUAAGGUUUGGAGAAAAUGUGUGUGUGUGUAUUUAUGCCUGGGUAGUGAGUAAUAAGUAAAAAUUUCAAGGUACAACUUACAUAAUAAGCAUCAUGGUGAAAUUUUUAUUGAAUAUUAUAUAUUUUUUCUUCGUUUUA